UCUCCCUCCGUGAUCAACCAGAGCUCAAUAUAAAAACAAGAAGCCGAUAUGGCAAACCGGGGCUAUGAUGUGGUUGUAGAUGUUGAUGCUGAGGGCGACCUCGGUCAUACCGACCUCCAGGAAGACCUCGAAUUCCACCCAUCCAACUUUGAAAACGACCCUCGAAACGCAAAAGUCCAGCAAGACUCCGCUCCUUUCCUCGGCGCAGGCACAUCCCGCGGCCGCGACAGAUCCCCCGGCGGCACACCCUCCAAACACGCCUGGUGGUCCAUCCACUACUACUCGCAGUUCUUCGACGUCGAUACAAACGAAGUGCUCCGGCGAUGCGUGUCGGCGCUGUACCCACGCACCAACUUCCUCGAUGUCCUGGAAGGUAACGCGGACCUGUACGGGCCGUUCUGGAUCGCAACAACAGUAGUCGUCAUCCUCUUCCUGACCGGGACGAUCUCGCAAUGGCUCUCAAACAAUAACGACAAGCAUUUCGAGUACGAUUUCACACUUCUCUCGGGUGCUGCGGGGUUAGUUUACGGGUACACGGGCGUCAUCCCCAUCGCUCUGUGGGGGGCGUUGCGCUGGUUCGGCAGCUCCACCGCGGACUUGAUCGAAUGCUGGGCACUGUACGGCUAUUCCAAUCUGGUUUGGAUUGCUGUUGCGCUGGUGAGCUGGAGCCCUCUCACUGCGCUCAACUGGGCGCUUGUGGGUGUUGGCUUCGGCUGGACGGUCUUCUUCCUGCUGAGGAACUUGUACCCUGUUCUGAGCGCUACGGAUGCGAAGACGAGCAAGAUCCUCUUGAUCUUGGUCAUUGUUCUCCAUGCGGGUUUCGCAAUUGCUAUCAAGAUCUUGUUCUUUGCGCAUGCAAGCCCCGUUUCCAAGAAGAACAAGGACCACGAUGAUGACGACCACGAUGACAAGCCACGGAUGUUCUGAUACAAAAGGGCCGGAUUUGUUCGAUUUACAAUGUUUACCCGGUGUCUUUUGAGGCACGAUGUUGGCUCAGGCAGCACAACGUCAUUCACCCGGUGUUUUCUGUACCUCAGCCUCAUAUAUCUCUGCAUGGUUUCUUUUUGAACGCAAAUCUGUACUCGUAUUUCCCGCGGCAUAGGUUCAAGAGAGCAGAAUUGAAUUUUACAGAUGUUCGAU